CCGGCGAGACGAGCAGCGUAUCAAGGAAUCGGGUCGGAGAGCGCGUUCGCGCCUGUUGAACGAGAGCUUGUCUUCGACAUCGAUAUAAGCGACUACGACGAUGUGCGAACUUGCUGCUCAGGGGCGUCGGUGUGCACAAAAUGCUGGCCGCUUAUGACAGCUGCCAUUAAAGUCGUCGACACUGCCCUUAGAGAGGAUUUUGGUUUCGAGCACAUUUUGUGGGUGUUCAGUGGCAGACGAGGCGUGCAUUGCUGGGUGUGCGACAGACGAGCAAGGAGGCUAACCAAUGAGCAACGGUCUGCAGUGGCUGAAUAUUUCCGAGUGUAUAAGGGAACUGAAGCCAAUGGAAGCAAGGUGUCGUUCUCCGGUGCUGCUCUGCACCCCUCCCUCAUGCGGGCAUACGACCAAGUAUUAAGAGGCACGUUCGAGGGUGAAGUGCUGCCAAAUCAAGAGCUGCUGAGCCAACCGGACACGUGGAAGAGGGUGCUGAAUCAACUGCCAGACCAAGAGCUGCAGGAUCGGAUGGACGCCACGUGGCGUAGCGACAGCAGGCGCGCGUCAGCAGCUGCUGACGUCAACGUGUACAGGUGGCAGCAGCUGGAGGCCACCACACGGGCCGCAGCUAAGAAGAACGUGUCCCUAAGGAAGGCUGUGGAGGAGAUUGUGUUUGCCUUCACGUACCCUCGACUUGAUCUGGAGGUGUCUAAGCACAAGAACCAUUUGCUGAAAGCACCAUUCUGCGUGCACCCUAAGACAGGUGCUGUGUGUGUGCCCAUCGACCCAGCCAACUGUGCUGACUUCGAGCCAAGCCAAGCCCCCACACUCAGUCAGUUGGUGGGUGAGAUCAAUGCAGCCCAUCGGGCAUCAGAUGGCUCCGCUGCUGCAGCCACUGCUGGCAUUGAGUCAACAUCACUCGCUCCCUUCAUGGAGAUUUUCCGAAGCACCUUUCUGCGGCCAUUGCUGGCUGCUUCCAAG